UAGCUUCCGCUUAGUUUGAGAUUGCCAGUGGGCCUUGGCGAGGUCCAGGUCUUCAGCCCUAACCUGCCUUUUCUUGAGAUUCCCAGAUUGAGCCUGAUCAAGAUGACAACCUCCCAAAAGCACCGAGACUUCGUGGCAGAGCCCAUGGGGGAAAAGCCAGUGGGGAGCCUGGCCGGGAUUGGUGAAGUCCUGGGCAAGAAGCUGGAGGAAAGGGGCUUUGACAAGGCCUAUGUGGUCCUUGGCCAGUUUCUGGUGCUAAAGAAAGAUGAAGACCUCUUCCGGGAAUGGCUGAAGGACACAUGUGGCGCUAAUGCCAAGCAGUCCCGGGACUGCUUUGGGUGCCUCCGAGAAUGGUGUGAUGCCUUCUUGUGAUGCUGUCUGGGGUGCCGUCAAUCCCCAGCCCCAGCAUUGAGUCUUCUGAGUUUGCAGUUGAGUGGGGACUCCUUCCCUGUCCUCUACAAAGGAAAAGAUUGCUGUUGUUGUACUCACCUUCUACGUACUCCAGGGUCUUUUGGGAGUUCUCUCCCAUUGCCAUUUCAACUUUUUUGGAAUUCUCACUCUUGCAUGCAUCUCCCUUCCUUCUCCUUACCCUGCCAGUUCUUGGUGACAAUUACCAGCUUUCCUGAGUGGAUUCCUGGCCCUUCCUUCACCCCCAUCCUCAUCUCUGGUCUGUUUGGUGCCAUUUGGCUCCUUUUUGGCAGAACAGUCGUCCUUGUAAAGUUUUUUAGAUUAAUAAAGUCAGUGGCCUUCA